CGUUCCAGGAGACCAUGUGACCAUGUGACCAUGCAGAAUUGGAUGUGGGAGAUUAGGGAGGAAGAUAUAAAAGCUCCACGGAGGAGACACGUCCUAAACUCCAGAGGAGAGGACAGCAGAGAGCAGAGAUCGGCGGUGGCCUCUUAGGACGUCUGUGACCACAGAGCUCCUCAGCAGACAUGAACGCCAGCCCCCCUGCAGGAAGUGCCCUGGCUCCUGGAGCCACCACGGGGCCCACAACACCAAAGAAGGGCCCGCCCAAGUUCAAGCAGAGGCAGACUCGUACCUUCAAGAGCAAGGCUCCCAAACCAGGCCAGAAGGGCUUUGGAGACGACAUCCCCGGCAUGGAGGGUCUGGGCACCGACAUCACAGUGGUCUGCCCAUGGGAAGCCUUCGGCGACAUGGAGCUCAGCGACUUGGCCAAAUAUGGAAUCAUUUAAACCUCCUGCCUUCCCUUUCUGCCCUGCACCUCCUCACCUCCUCACCCUCCUCCUCACCCCCAUCCUCCCCCUUCCACCACUGCUGGCCAGGUCGUGAUAAGGCUGCCAGCGUUCCCUCUAUCGUCCUCUGGUGGCGCUACCUCCUGCUUUACUCCACUGAGUGGAUGAGAGUAUAAGAAUGAAGUUUUUAUCUGUUUAUUAUUGUAUAAUAUUAUUAUAUCCUGUGGAUUCUUGUAAUAACAAGACCAGGAAAAAAACAACAACAACUCUUCCUUCCUCUUCACCCCCCAGGAUCGUUUCCUCCUCCCUCCUCUCCUCAUUUCACCUCCUCUCCUACCUUCUCCGACCCCCCCCCCCUCCGCUGGUAUUUGCUCAUAGCUUUUUGCUUCAGUGUAAAUAUUUUGCAUUCAUUGUUUUUUUCCCUCACCUCUUCUGCCUCCUCUCUUUUUUUUUGCGUGAUAUUUAACUACUUGUUUUGCACAUGGCAAUGCCCCCCACCCCACCCCGUCACCUUGUUUCCCCCUUAGAAAAAAACACACAUACAUGUACUUUGCACUGGUGUGUCCCGUUAGCUGCAGUAAAAUCUGUUACCUUUUCAGAAUUCAUGUCUCUUUUUUUGUUGCUCAAACCGGUUAAUUUUUGAAGUAAUUCACAAACAAAACUAGGCCAAUGAAAUAUUAAUACUU